AUGAAGGGACACACACUCCACCACUUCAGCUUUUUAGAGAAGAAACAGAGCAAGCCAAUAACAGUGGUCCAGCCUCAAAAUCAUCGGGUUAGUGAACCACUUAUUUCUCAAUCACCAACUCACUCCCAACAACAAACAAUCCCAUCAACCCUUCAUCAAAAGCAAGAAAUCGUCGUCAUUCCUCGUCGAAGCUUUUCAAGCCCAAAACAGACUUCUGGUCUUCGACAAGAAUUUCCGUCAGCACCACAAACUCCUAUUCCCGACACUCCCGCAACAACAGACCAAAAAGUCACAAGGAAAAGACGGAUGUCAUGGAGCUCAAAGAACCCCGCCGAGCAACGGAGGUCACUCACGUUUCUCGCGCAAGACGACGAGAGUCUAGCGAUGUUUAAAGACAAGGAGUUGCAGGUUGUAGUGAAGAAAGAGGAACGAAAACAUCAACUCCGGACAACGACCGACUUGCGGAAGAAAGUAAAGAUCAUAUUUGACUUCCAGUGUUACAAACAGCACAUCGUAACAACUAUCACCGCUCAUUUAUCAACCACACUCGGACACAAAACAGAGAGUUUCAUGAAACAUUACAGCGAGAAACGGAAGUUCGAGGAAGUGGACUUAAAGGACUUUUCGGGACAUCCCCUCGACGGCAAAUUAUUGUUUCAGGAGUUACUCCUCAAGAACGUGUUCUGUGUGUUUAUCUGCACACGGGGGAAUCCUUUCACAUCACCAAAAGUAUACCCAAGCGUCUUACUCAUCAACUCGAAAAAGGCUAUUCCCCAAGUCGUCUUCAAUUUGUGCUGGUGGAUAUACACUUUUGGAAAUCGGACUGAGGGUAUUUUUAGGGUUUCUGGGAAGGGGGAGUCAACAAAAAAGAAGGCGGAAAAAUGUGUGUUGUGCGACACGUCUUUUUUAUAUUCACUGAAGAGUCAAACAAAUGAAAUUCACAAUGUUGUUGGGACCCUCAAAAUGUAUUUAAGAGAGUACACGAGUGGUCUUGUGGACUUCACAAAAAUCAAUCAAAUAUCGCGACAGAAAAAUCAGGUGAUGUACGUCAUUAAGGCGUUAGAAGAAACUCAAACGGAGGAUGUCAUUUGUUUAGGUUUGUUGUAUGGACUAAUUAUGAGACUCAUUAAAUAUGAAAAUAUUCACAAGAUGUCAUUAAAGAACUUUGCGAUGAUAUUAGGCCCUUUAGUCAUCCACUCUGUACCCGGUUCUAACCCUUUAAACGUGACUUUGGUACAGCUUGACUUUAGUAUGGUGUUAGCGAAGAAUUAUGAACCAAUUAUGAGUGUCUUUGGUCUUACAAAUCCAUUCAUGGAAUUACCUGAAUUGAACCAAGACAAAGAAAAGAACUUCAAGAAGGUAAUGCAUUCACUCGACAUGAUUCGGUCGCUUUCAUUGCAAACGCCAGCUGAAUGUGAACGGCUGAAGGAGCAACUCAAAAACCAAGACACACUCAAUUUCCUCAAAACAGUUAACAAAGAAAUUUUGGUUGAUGUGAUAUCGACCAUCAUCGACUGUUUGGACUUUUAA